AUGAAAAAUCUUUUUAAAUUAAAUUUCUUAUUUAUUAUUUUUAUAUUCAUCUCAAUAUUUGCAUUUCCAACAAAUUCACAAAAUACAUGUCCCUCAGGAUCAUUAAAUUCAACUGCAAUUCCAAUUAAAAUAAUUAUUGCCUCAAAUUCAAUUGCUAAAAAUCCACCAUUAAGUGGUAUGCUUGCUGGUUCAGUUUGUUCAUCAAUCAGUGUAUUUACUAAUACUGGAACAAUAACAACAUUUACUUUUCCAAAUGGACCAAUUAUUAAUACAGUACCAUCAGGAUUAAUUGGUAAACCAAUUAUUGGAAAAAUAGUUUUAGAUUAUUUAAAUGCAAAAUAUGGUUUGGAUUUUUCAACUGCAACUAUCUCACAAUCCAGCAGCACAGUUUCAAUUAGUAUUUCAAAUAUUGAUAAUAUAUUAUUUCCAUUAAAUUUUAAAAAAAAAAACUUUUUACCCGUUUUUCAAUUUUUCAAUUUUUCAAUUUUUUUUUUUCUUUUUUUUUUCAAUUUUUUUUUUUUUCUUUUUUUUUUUUUUAAUUAA